AAAUAAUAAAAAAAUAUUUUUAUUUUAAGUGGAGCAAUUGAAUAUAAUUCAAUUUUAAAAUUCAAAUGACCUCAACUCCAAAGCGUUUCGCUCCACUUUAAAUAAAAAUAAUUUUUAUUAUUUUUUCGAACCAGGCUCUCCACGAACAUGCAAGAAGGAAUUCUGAGGAAAUUCGCUCAUCAAAGUUUCGACGGAUUCGAAAGUAAAUCAGAUAUUUUUCGCUGAAGAUGGAGCCAUCAUAAGUGAAAACUCAACAUCCUUGCAACGAUCAAUGUGUGACUGUUCUGAAGGGAAGUGGAUAAGCUCGAAAAAGAUAAAAUAUUUAUGAUGUCCAUUUUCCGACCCUGACGGCCCACGGUUGUCCAAAAUGACUUUUCAUAAUCAUAACUUUUGAACGGAUUGAGGUAGCGGUACAAUUUUUUUGAAAAUCAUUAUUAACGGUUUUUUUUAAUCCGAUAUUCUCCGAAACGGCUUAUUCGAUUUCAACGAAACUUUUUGUGAAGAAGCACUUAUAUAACUCAAAUAUAAGCCAAAAAUAAAAUUUCAAAAAAAAAUAAUUUUUGGAUUAAAAAAAAAACUUGAUAGUUGAGUCAAUGAGGAGUCAAAUGCAGGGGAUCCGAAAAAAGUUGUGACGUCAGAUAAGUUUGAAUGCAGUAUUGAAGAGGGGCUUAUCCUGAUUAUAAAUCUCAGUUUGCGUAUUGUUUGGUCUUGUGGGGCGUCCACCAUUUUAAAAAACGCAUUAGUCUCAAUACCUCGAGAACGACUUGUCAUACAGAAAGCUUCAAGGACUUUUUAGAUUGGAAAUAUAAUUAUUAUCUUUCUUUCUAUGGCAUAUCAUUUUUCUCUAUUAGUAAUACUUUCAGAGUAAGAGAAUAGAGGAUGGAAGAGUUAAAGACAAUUUGUAUACCGUUACAGAUGGUUUCCAACGUACGCACAAGAUUAUUUUUCCUUCAGAAAUGUGGCCUUACAGAGUGAGAGCUGGCGUUAUUGACCGGUGGAGUGGGAGAGUUGUGAUCCCAUGAGAGUUGAAGAAGAUGAAGUUUUUUUAUUAAUUCAAAAUUUUACGAAAUGUAUUAAAAUUUUAGCGCAAUUUCAUAAGCCAUCUAUAUAUAAUUUUGACCCCAAAAAGGCUUGCUACGAUUAAUAUUAAUUAUCAAAUAUAAUGUUACGUUUAAACUAAUAUCACCUUUUUUAUAAGACCAAUUACACUGUAGAAUGUUUUGAUAUUUUAGGAAUAGUGAAAUUUACUCCAAAUUUGAGUAUCUUUCAAGCUUUCAAGGUUUGUAGAGACAUUUUCAUUUUAACUGAUUUGGAAAAUUUUCUAUAUUCUUGAUUUUGCGUACGGUUUUUUGGUUCGAUAAAAAUAAUAUAUAAACUCCGAUUUUCUAAAUAUUAAUUUCACAAAUUGUGGGAGAGAUAAUGUUUCCAUUAAGUAAAAUAUAUAUACUGGCUCUACUUUACAAUGUUGGGAUUUCAUUUGCCCUUUUCGAAUCUUGCAACUAUUCGUACAAUAAUACCGAUCCUAAUAGAGAAUUCAUUUUAUAUUCACCAUAUUAUCCUAAUCAAUACACUCCAGGAACUUCGUGCUUGUAUAUGCUGACGGUUCCACUGGAUUAUGAAAUUGUUGCCGAUUGCAGUUUAUCAAUACCAAAGGGAAAAACUUCAUGUUCUACUGACUUCUUUUUCAUCUCUCGGGAUGGUGAUCAAAGUUUAAAUGGAGCUGAGCAAAUUUGUGGUUCGGGGAAUAUUACUCGUGUAUCAGAAUUUAACAAAAUUGUCAUAGCUUACUCUUCAUCUGCAAAUAGCCGAGGUGGUCGCUUUAGUUGCAAUUUAAGUACGCGAGUAAAGGCCUGUGAUUGCGGUUGGUCCUCACAAACAAGAAUAAUUGGAGGUACUGCAGCUAAACAAUAUGAAUACCCAUCUAUAGUUAGUCUUUGGCAAAAAAGAACACAGCAGCAUGUUUGUGGAGGGACUAUAAUCCACCGGCGUUAUAUUGCUACAGCAGCACACUGUACUUUAUUUUUGGAGGAUCCGCAAAACAUACUCAUUCAAGCUGGGUUUAAUGCAACGGAGAAGACUGUUCAAUUUACAAGAAUUUAUGAAGCUGAAGAAUUUAUAAAUCAUCCCAACUACAAUUGGUUAACAAGUUACAAUGACAUAAGUCUUAUUAAAACGAAAACUCCUAUCGAAUGGGCAUGGCACAUUGGGCCAAUAUGUCUCCCCAUUAACCAAGAAUACAAUAACUUCGACUUUGAACCAGUUGAUAUCGUUGGUUGGGGUACCACUUCCUUUGCGGGUUCACUAUCAAAGAAUUUGCAAACAGCCACUGUAUAUGUAGUACCUUAUAAUGACUGUCAAACACAAAUACCUUUUGUACAACAUUCGGAAUUAUGUACAUAUUUACAAGGAAAAGAUUCUUGUCAACGGGAUUCUGGUGGACCAGUUGUUUCGAAAGGAUACACUCGGCAGUAUUUACUGGGAAUUAUAAGUAGAGGUAAUGCAUGUGGAUCUGGUCCGGGAAUAAACACUCGUACAACUUCUUACCUUGAAUGGAUUUAUCAUGUGAUCGAAGGAUCCUUGUGUUAUAAGCCGUUAAAAAAAAAUUGAAAAAAAAAUUAAGUUUUUUCGAGAACUUCUAAUAAAACAUAUUCGCCUUUAAAACUUCUUCAAUGAUUUAAUUUUUAUAAUAAUUACGUAGUAUGAAUACACCACGAACCAAAACUCAAAGGAAUAAUUGAAUCAUUGACAUACUAUUAUACAUGGACUGCUAUUCGUGUGAAUAUGAUUCAACGGAUUCACACCGCGAUGCUAGCGAAUAAUGGACUCAGGUAUAUGCGGAAGACGAAUAUAAAGACGCCAAAUUAAUUACUUUUAUUUUAUUGAUGCUUCAAGAUUUUAAGAAACUUAAAUACUAAUACACUGAAGGAAAAAACAACUUAAAAUCAACGAAAACCACGUUGAUUCAACUAUUUUUCGGAAUGAUUUUGCGUUGAAGACGAAAAUUUUAAAAUCAAAGUAGAACAUCGUUAGUUUAAAGUGGUUAAGUGGUUAUAAAACAUCUUUAAAUCAAAGAAGUUUCAACUUAAAAAAAAAAAGCGUCAAUUUAUCAAAAAAAAAACAAAAACAAAAUGGGCAGCCGCUGGGGAUCGAACCUAUAACUCUUGGGUUACUAGGCGAAUGCUUUACCAACGUGCUAUCUCACUGUUGAAAAUUAGAGUGAUAAAAUGCAGCAAAAGCUGAAGUUCGACACAAAUAAAAAAAUUCGUACGUUGUUUCAAUUUUAUUUUGAAGAAGUUUCAUGUUAAUGUUUUCAACAUUAAAUCAACGUUGAACAUUUUACAUUUUACGUUGCGUUUUUCCCUCAGUGUAUGUAUGUACUACGCUUCCACCUACCCUUAAUCCGAGAUUUAGCUAAGUAUAUUUAGAAUAAAUCUCGAGGUUCUUUAAAUUAUUAUUCACGUAAACGCGGAAAACCCAUAGAAACCGUAGAAUUUUCUAUCGGUAGAAAUGAGCUGUCAAAAUUUGUAUGGGAAAAAUAUUCCGCAAAUCAUAGAAUUUUAUCUCACAAAUUUGAAGCAGAAACCGUAGAAAACAAAUCUGAUAAACUUUGGGUGUGUUCAAUCACCUAUCGGAUAGGCUAUCUGGGAUCCCCGUAUCUGGAAUAUCUUUUUGAACGCGAUUUAUGUGUUAUUAUUCAGAUAACCACAAAUAAAAUAUAUGUUAAUAUUGAAAAGAAAAUGUUAUUUUAUUUGAGCAUAUUACAUUUUUUUUAUUGUUGCAUAGUACACUUAGGGGCAAAAAAAAAACGGAAUGAAAUAAAUUAUUUAUAUUGAAAACAAAAAUUGCAAUGGAUAAAAUAAUGUUUCUUCUAGUCUCAUGGUCUCAUUUAAAAGCUUGAAUUUUUUGCUUUGAAUUGUUGGUAGAAACAUAAAAAUGCAUACGAUAGUAUCGUCGCUAUCUGUCAAUAAAUUGCACUUCAAAUGUUAAAUUUUCUGGAUACUCUGCUUCAA